AUGCACGCAACUCGACACUAUACACAAGAUUAUCAAUCAAAUUCGAGAAACAGUAAUAGUUUGACAUUUGACCAAUCAAGUUCAUCACAAUCAUAUCGUUAUCAGUCAAAUUAUCAACCGCCAACAUCAACUACCUACUCAGAUGAUAAAAUGAAUAUCAGCCAGCAAAGAUCAGCGCUGCCAUCUUAUGGUUCAUCAGUAACCAAUAAUUAUGCUUUGAUAAAUUCCGCUGGUUAUUCAUCAACUAAUAGUCCUAUUAGGUAUAAGAAUAAUGGAACAACAGGUACUGGUGCUGUGGAAAAAACUAAUAUGAUGUCAAGUGAAAAUCCUUUCUAUGAUCCAGCUCGUUCGUACGGACAAUUAAAUUCACCACGUAAAAUAACUUCAAUAGUAUCACCACCCAAAAGUGGCAGUGGUAUCAGUAAAUCAUUGAAUCUUUCUGAUGAAAAUCCAUUUCAUGCUAUAUACGGUAAUUAUCAUUAUCCAACACAAGUUGAUCCAUCAAAAAGAAUAACUCCUCAAGCUACAACUAUACGUUCAACAGAUAAUAAAUCAUUGAGUUUAUCCGAUGACAAUCCAUUUCAUUCAAGCUAUGAACGUUACCGUUAUCCAUCACAAGUCGAUCCACAAAAACGUAUUACUGAAACACCCAGACCGGUCGUACCAUUAAUUCCAAUACAUGAUUUAUCUGAUGAUAGUCCAUUUAGCACUUAUCGGCCAUCAUUAAUUCGAGAAUAUUCAACGAAUAAUUUUGGAAAUCCUUCAAAUUCAGUGGCAACAUCGAUUGCUGAUUGGAUACGAAAUAAUCCUGCACCACUCUCCUAUCGACCUAUUCAGGUGCAGAGACCCUCGUCAGAUUUGCACCCGAGGAAUGACUCAUUCAAGAAAUCAUCGUAUGUUUCGCCCUUAAGUGCGCCUCGUCAACAACAACGACCAUCAUCACCACCAAUUCCGACUUUUGCACGUACCCAGUCGCAACCUCAACCUCAAAAAGUGAAUUCAUCUGCUCCAUUAGACAAAAAUUCAUUGAAUAUGAGUCCUGAUAAUCCAUUUUCUGACACUUAUGGUCGAUAUCACUAUCCGUCAUCUGAAGAAGUUAAAGCACAAAAACGAGUAAAUGAACGUAAUACACGUUUACCUGAACAAAAAUCUACUAUAGAUAAUCGAACAACACAAAUAACAAAUCAAUAUAGUGAAUAUCCUGAACCAGAAAAGAAAGAAACUGCAUCCGACAAAGCAAAUAAUAAAUUUACUCGUUUUGAUAUUACAUUUUGA